AUGAAUUCACAAAUUUCGAGCAGGCCAAGGUUCAGAGUUUUGCGAAGAAGGAGAAAGACCGUUCUGAACCUGCUCCUCGUGAGCUCAUUGUUGUUCACAACUGCCGAGGCCGAAAAAACAUUCGAGACGCAGAUUACUAGAUGCUAUGAGGGGGUUCCAAGCCACCUCGGCAAGUUGGUGUACACAGCCCGAAAAAGUCCUCCUGUUCACCACUAUGCGAUUUGCCAAGAUAGAAGUCCAGCUGGAGAGACUUUCAACCACAGCAACUUCCGGCUUCUUUUAGAUCACCUGGAGCAUGCAAAGAAAUUGCCUGAGAGAAUCGUGUUGCAAGAACUCAUCACCACAAAGUUUGACGACUUCAUUCCCAGAUUCUUUUUGAAGGCUCCUCUUGAGAGCAAAGUCGAGUACCGUGAGCACGAGACUGAGGAGCGCAUGGAGACCAUUUCUGAGGAAACCGAUCUGGAACAAGGUGACCGAAAUUACCAGCGCUUGGGCUGCUUCCGGAUUGAUUGCGAGAAGCUCGAAGUGAAGCGACAAGGUGUACUUUCAGAGCAAGGAGAGGUCACUUCUUUUGACAUUACAUUCAACCCAAACCCAGCGGUCUUUGACAAAAAACUUGGUGAUGGAUAUCUCUGGCGGACGAUUCAAAUUGAGUGCCCAGGGGUGAGGGAGGAACAGGUACAGUGGGAGCAGACAGGCGACGGUCUCAAAGUGAAAAUUGAGAAAUCCACAUUGGUGGAUGAGGGAGCAGUCAUACCCAUGGAGGGCUAUCCCCUACGCCAGCAGUCUGGCCGUUGGCAGAAGACUUUUGAAUUCCGCGAUGGACCUUUUGAACUCAUUGAGGAAGAAUGCUCUUUGCAGUAUGGAGUGUUGAGGCUGAUUCUAAAGAAGAGCUUGGUGAACAAGUGUGGCGGGCUGAGAAGCUUCCAAGCAUCCCAGGUUAAACCGGCUGCAUCCCCCUUACCGUCUUCCCUUCCCUCCGAGGCUGGGGGUGCGUGCCAGGCUCAAAACCCGGAUGCCCAUCCAAGCGCUCAAGAGUCCGCUGCCAUGCAAAGUGGGCUGGCCGCGGAUUUGGGGAAUCAUUGUCUCACCAGCACUUCCUGGAUUCUGACGGAUGAGGGUCCCAGGAGCGCGGUCGAGGUUGCAAAAGCCAAAAAACGGCUCGUCCCCCGCUUGAGCGGGGGCGCUACCGUGAAGUAUGCACGCCUAAUUAGCGGAGUCCGACAAAGGCUCAUUGCAUUUUUUUGGGAUGGUGGGGAGUUGCGUGUCACGGCUGACCAUGCCUUGCUGGUUCGGGAACACAUGUCCUGCUCUUGGCGAGUGGUUGAAGCAUGCAAGGUAAAGCCAAGGGAUGAAGUGCUUGUCUACAGCUGUGGAGAAGUCUUGACUCCAAGUAGCACGCCUGUUUUGAAUGUGGAAGAACGGGAGGAGCUGGAGGAUGUCAUUGAGAUUGAGAUGGCCUGUCCAGCAGAUACCGUACUCGUUUGUAGCAGCCCUGGCAGGCCUUAUGUGGUGGUCUUUGGAAAGCAGCCCGAUCUUCGUAACUUCGAUGUUCUGCUCAUGCUGCUCUCGCGCCAACCAAAAGAACUGGAUGAGGCUCUCGGGACAAGCCAGAGCCUGCGGACAUGUCAGUAUUUGGCUGGAGAUUCUGAGCUACAAAGUGGGGCCAAACUCUACCUGGAACCGCAUCAUGUCCGUGGAGUCAAUCAUUUGAUUCGCCAUGGAACUCUAAGGUUCAGCCCAAGGGGGAGGCACAUCAUUUUGAGCGCUAGCUAUGAGGAGGAGAUCAGGCGAGUUGUAAAGUCUCUACGAAAGAAGGACAACGUGAAGGUCACCUCUUGCAGGAAGCUUGUGGAUUGCAUCGACCUGUAUGAGCCAUCGUGCAAUGAGAGGCUUGUCACGCUGAAUACAUUUUUGGCCAUCGAGCCUGUACCGAGUGUGGUAGAGACCACAGUGUCCACCACGGAUGCUCGAAGUGCUACAAUGCAUCAAAACCCACGGUAG